AUGAUUGAGUCUCUAGGUCAUCUUGUCGAUAUUGUCGGUCGCGUGUUCGAUUCCCUAGACUUGAACCCUCUUCUCAUCUCCACCAUCGGCAACGCAACGUCUCUAGUUGGCAAUGUGGUAUCCGAUGUCGUGGGUGCUGUAGACGGUCUCCUCGGCUCCAUCACCCAAGGCGGCAAAACCCUCAACUUUGUCGUCGACAAUCUCGGAAACAUCGUCCAAGAGGUUGGCGGUGUGAGCACCAUUGUUGGCGAUUACACGAAAAACAUGACGCAGACUGGUACGAGCAAGAGUGUUGGCCAGGGACUGACUCAGAAAGAGUACUCGUAUUCGCCGUUGAACGCUUUGGUGGAUAUUGUCUUCAACUCUGCCGGCCAGGUUGUACAGGCUGUUGUGCAGAAGAAGAAUGGUGGAAGCAGCAGCAGUGGCAGCAGCAGCGGGAGUGCAUCGAACUCUACAGUCUCUGCUGCUUCUUCGCUGAAGCAUUAA